GCCUCCACGGCGACGUCAUUGAGGUUUGAUUUGGUUUGGCUCUACCAGACACCUUCUCCCUUUGAUCACGGUACUCCAUAGUUUAGGAUUCCUGCAGUGCUCCACACCAAUCAGUGAAUCACAUGGGCGGUCCGACGAGCUUUCCAAUGUCCCCUCCCAGAUUGAAGUUUCUGUUGGAUCACACGCAAGCUGGAGGACGACCAAUGCGGUGUGACGCUGGGGAGAGAUGACUAGCUGGCUGACUGUAGAUGAAGGACAAGUCUUUGAAUUGGAUAAACGGUAGCUUGAAGACCAGAAAAAGACGAAACUGAAUACAAGACAGAACGGGAGGAAAGUCAACUCUAACUUGGAAAAGAAGUAUGAGAGAGGAGCAACAGACUAGUAGUGAUCCUCCAUCGGGAGAGGAGAACACAGGAAAACCACCUUCCAAUGCCUGCCCGGUCCUUGUAGCAACACCUGGACUCGGCAGACGGAAACGAAGCACCGGAAAACCUCCGGCAGACGACUCUACCACUCCAACAAUCGACCCUGUAGAUGAGGUCUACAUUUACGCUCCCAAAAAAAUCAAAAGCAGCCCUCAGCAUCAGCUUUGUUCUUCAGGACCGUGCAUUUCCCCAGUUCCAGGUCCGAGUCCUGGCGAUUUGACGUCUCUGGAGGACCCUCACGGCCAAAGAGUGAUCGCCAACAUCCGCGAACGGCAGAGAACGCAAUCCCUCAAUGAGGCCUUCGCGUCCUUGAGGAAAAUUAUCCCCACGCUCCCAUCGGACAAGCUCAGCAAGAUCCAGACCUUGAAGCUAGCGUCACGCUACAUUGACUUCCUGUACCAGGUCCUACAGAGUGACGAGAUGGACUCCAAGCUGAGCGGGUGUAACUACCUUGCCCAUGAUAGGCUGAGUUACGCCUUCUCUGUGUGGAGGAUGGAAGGAACCUGGUCCACCAUGUCUGCUGGACAUUAGUCUUUCAUCUUCAACAAUGGACAGAAUCACAUGGGGUCACGUUUAAAAUGGACUCAUCCAUCUCAGGUUACAUCAUUGGCUCAAUGUUGAGGCAAAGACUUUGGAUGAGAAGCUUUUGGACUGUUAUCUGCUUUUGAACCUUAGAAUAGUUCAUUGUUGUUAAGUCUUCUGUUGGUCUCGAAGAGCUGAUGUCUCCCUUUUGGAUCUCUUGACUUCUUUGGGUAACAAAGUUUGACCCUUAGUUCCACCAUCAGCAGCACCUUGAGCACCAUCAUCAAUGUAGGUGCUGUCCCGCCUCUGAAAUUUCUGAAUCAACUUUGACCCUUCAUUCAUUGUUGGUACCUUUCACACUGACCUGCGAUGCAUGAAUAAAGGCUCAACACAGUGUUGUUGUCUGCGCCAUGCCGCCAUUUUGACCAUUCUGGUCAUGUGGACUUUGGAAAAGAGAACUGUCUAGAAUAUCACUGAUAAGAAAGAAGUGGACCAAAGACGUGAGGAAUAUGCAUGUUAUGCUAUAUUUGGGACAAAUGUGUUUACAGAGACAAAUAUCAUUCUAUCACAAUCUGUCUUUAUAAAUAAAGUUCAGUUCAAAUUCUAUGUCUCGAGUCUCUUGUUAAA